GGCAAACAACACAUGUUUUUAACUCGAUUCAACAUAUUACGAUGGACAAGGAUUCCUGCCAAAAUUUCUCAUUGGACUCCACGUCCAGUUCGCAAUUUGCUCUUCCGCCAGUCUGCGUUCCCAACAAGAAAAAGCCAGAUAAACCCGAAGUUGACGAGAGCUCCCCACAAUGUUCCAAUGUAAUCACAUCGUCCUCCUCGUCCUCGACGACCACCAUAUCUAUAGGCGCCUUCGAUUCGCAAUGCAACCUCCACAAUGCACAUGCCCCGGAGGCUCCAAAUAUAGGCUAUGAAUUAAAUGUGGCCAAGUCGAUAUUGCAGAAGUAUAGCACUCUCAGUGGCGACAAUUUAUUUGAUCACUUAAGUGACAUUAUUAAAAGGGUAAUUGACGAGCGUCCUCCCAAUGUGAUCGAUUUCUUCGAAGAAUUUAGCAGAAAUGUGCGCGAACAGAAGUUCCACUUACCAGAACGUUUUCCUCCGAGUGGAGUUUUCGAUGAAGUUCGCACUUUCCGAGUGGCCAAGAAAGUUCUCCAAUCCAUGAAGCUACCAUAUAUUACAGAGGGCGAUGAUCUGCUGGGAGAAGAUUUAUCGGGUGAGGAUACAAGGACAAAUGAGGAUAUGCACAUUGCCAUUGACGAUUCCAUGCGAUAUUUCAUCACAUUUAACGAAAGAGUCCAGCAACUGCAGUUCUACUGGACACAAUGUGGAUUUAGCAUCUGUAACGAUGACAUCUUUCAAUUGGCCAGUGCCAUGAACCGUCUGCAGACCCAUCCCUCAAUAAUGCAGUGUCGAUUUUGGGGAUGUAUUAACGGGCUAAAGGCGUCUUACUAUAUAGUUGAGGCCUCACUGACCCGCGAGGAAUUAGCCUCGCGAUUGGUUAUGAUGGAGGACGAGAUAAAACAAAAGCAAGUCCCUAUGCAGAUGCGUAAGGAUAGGGAGGAUAAGCCUCUGCCACCGCACAUUGGUCCAGAACUCACGCCGGGUAUCUAUGGUUGGGAAGAAUUUCCGCCCGAGGAGCUGGAUAAAAUGAGGCCCAAGGCUGCCUCCGUGCCCUUGGUCGAGGAAAUGGAAUUCUACGACAUUCCACCUGAAUUGAUUGGUAAAGGGUGCAAUAGAUACUCAUACUUUGUUGUAAAUUCACUGUUUGACGAUUGGAUCGAGUUGCCCAUAGUGACCCCCCGGCAAAUUGCAGUAUCCCGGCAGAUAAAGAAGUUUCUAACUGGCGACCUGGAAGCAGAUGUUAUAUCUUACCCCUGCUUUCCUGGGAAAGAGAAACACUACCUCCGGGCACUGAUAGGUCGAAUUACAGCAGGUACCUAUAUAGCACCGGUGGGUUACUACAGGCGGAUGACCAAGAAAGAGAAGCGGAUAUUCGACGGCGAGGAUGAAGGUGAAGGCGAGGAGGAAGAGGAGGAGGAGGAGGAGGAGGAGCUUAACGAAGGCGAAGAGGAGCAAAUAGAAGAUAAUGACGUUAUGCUUUUGAAAGAUGAGAAAUACGAGGUAGAACCACUAGGAUCUCUGGCCACCCCAGUGGCUUGGGUUCAUGUGAGAUCGAAUAUUCUCAAUCAGCAGGGUCGAGUCGUCUGGUACGACGAAGAGAAGGCUCAGAAGGAAAGAGAAAAGGCACUGGCUCUCUACUUGAAAAUGCAAAUGAUGGGCGAGAUGGAGGAGGAACUCGAGGAGGAAGAAGAGGAGGAGGGAGAGGAGGAGGGCGAAGAGGAGGGCAUGAUUGAGGGCUUCAACCAACCCGAAAUAGGUCCCAGCAUUCUUUCAUCCUGUGCCAAUGAUAUGAAUCCGGAGGUUUCGGUUCCGUGGCUUGUCCGCUUGACCAGCAAGUAUACAAACCAAAAGGAGCGAAUGCUUCUCAUGCAGUCUAACAUUUGGCCGGGGGCCUACACCUUUAUCUUUGAGAAGACCUGCGAGUCUAUAUACCUGGGCUGGGGUCACAAGUACUAUGCCCGAAAUAUUCCGUUUAAGCACUUGCCCAUGGUGCAAGAGGAGUACCUUCACGGGGUCGAGGACUUUAUCGAGGCAAGUGAUCCAACCGUUGAGGAGGAGGAAGCUUAUAGGGCUUGGCUCCUAAGAAAACAACAGAAGGCCGCCUACGUUACAGAAGAUAUAGAAGAUUACGAUGAUGACGAGUUUGACGAUCAGUAUGACGACGACUAGUAAUGAUGAUCUGUUAAAUUUUAUGUUUAUCUUUUCUUUCAAGUUGUGGAAUAAAAUGCCUCAGAAAUGGCGUUGCUUA